AUGGAGGGUCUUUAUAAAGUUAAUUUGAUACCCAACGACCUUAGCGUCGAAGAAACCGUGUUACAAAUAGCCGAUACAUUAGACAACCUGAACGGGAUAGUUGACGAUGUUUUUAAACGUAUAUCAAAUAAAAUUAAAAUCAACGUAGAAAAGACUUCCAAACUUCAGGAGAGAAUAAAUAUAUCCAGGACAAAAGUUGAAAAACUUGCCGGGACACAGAAGGCUAUCAAAGUGUUCUCAAGCGCUAAAUACCCAUCGUCUAUAACACACGCACAUUACAAAUCAAUUUUCGAAUCAAGCGAUUAUAACUAUGAACCCAAAAACGUUACGCCAACCGGAAAAUCCAACAGACAGACAAACGAAAAAGCCAUCCAGGAGAAACUUCACUUUUUCCACGUGAAAGUAGCCGAACCUAAAACAAAUAAAAGCAGAAAUGAUUUCGAUCUGAAUACCGUUUUGAAUUCUAUAACAUCAAUCGGAGAUCUCCUUAUAUACAAGAGCGACGAGAGCCCAUACUUCGGUAGUAAAACCAAAGGACAGACUUACGUGCCUAAAGUAAACACGAGCGUAGAUAAGGAUUCAUUGGAAGAAGCACCACCCUCUAUUGUGAAAAAGAAUCUGUUGAAGCGAGAAAUCGACGAAUAUAUGUACGCUCCCGGAAUGGGCUUGGUGCCAGAAUUGGACAUGCCCCUGGAUCUUCCACAUCUGCCCGGUAUAGCGGGUGACGUGCAGUAUUCCGUUACCUUGGAUGGUUCUAUAGCGCCCUCAGCUGUUACAUCACCAGUAGCUCCCACAAACCCUAUAACAGAAUCCGUACUAGAUCUACCUGACUUACAAAUACUCCCAGAUUUGCCGGUCACAACAGAGCCUCAAUAUGAACCAGAACUAAUACCUCCUGUUAAAGACGUUCAGGAUACUCUUGACGCUCCGAAAGCAAGACCCGUGGAGCCACCGGCCUUACCAUCAAGCCCCCCUCCUCCUCCCCCUCCUCCGCCGCCGCCACCCCCGCCGCCGAUGGAGAUAACAGAAACACCAAAAAGCAUGAGGUCGCGUCGUUAA